AUGAGCGCGAUUCUCUCCGCUGACGACCUGAACGACUUCAUAUCACCCGGCGUCGCCUGCAUAAAACCUAUCGAGACCAUACCAGCCGAGUCCAAAGAUGGCGCGUCUAAUCCCUACGAAGUUACGACUGAAGACAAAGUCGCCGCCGCGAACCCCCAGCCCGCGCAAAUCUCGCUGACGGACUGCCUCGCCUGCUCGGGUUGCGUCACCUCCGCCGAGGCCGUCCUUGUGUCUCUGCAGUCGCACACCGAAGUUCUGAACACCCUAGAUGCACACCCGGAAUUGGCGCUGCCGUCACCGGUAAGAGGAGGUGGUGUGGCGAACGGCCGGAUCAACGGCGAAGGCAAGAUAUUCGUCGCCAGCGUCAGCCCGCAGUCGCGGGCAACCCUGGCGGCGACGUUCGGUGUCAGCGAGCGCGAGGCCGGGCACAUGGUCGAGCGGCUGCUGAGCGGGCCGGAGGGCAUGCGCAGCGGCGGCGCGCACGGCAGCGGCUUCGCCUUGGUCAUCGACACCAACACUGUACGGGAGGCGGCGCUGGUGCUUGCCGCCGACGAGGUCGCGUCCGCGCUGUCCUCGACGGCCGAGGGCGCUGCGUCAACGGUGCCGAAGAAGCCAAUCCUGACGUCGGCGUGCCCCGGCUGGAUCUGUUACGCCGAGAAGACGCACCCCUACGUUCUGCCGCACCUGUCGCGGAUGAAGUCGCCGCAGGCGCUGGCCGGAACGCUGGUCAAGUCUGUGCUAUAUCGCAAGUUCGGAAUCCCACCGGAGAAGGUGUGGCAUCUGGCCGUUAUGCCGUGCUUCGACAAGAAACUCGAGGCCAGCCGCUCCGAGCUGACCUCCGCUGCCUGGUUGCCCUCUUCCUCCAACCCUGUGCGUGAUGUCGACUGCGUCAUCACCGCUCGCGAGCUCCUCUCGCUCGCCCAGAGCCGCGGAGUCAACUUCGCCUCCCUUCCGCGCAAACCAUUGCCUCGCUCCCAGCGCCAGCGCUUCCCCGACCCGGAACUCGACGCUUUCCUCUUCCCUUCGCCGAAAACUGGCACUUCUCAGAAGAACGCCGACCCCUUCGCCGUCGGCACCAGCGGCGGCUAUCUCUACCACAUUAUGCAGACUUUCGCAGCCCGCCAUCAGCCUGCCGGGUCGACAUCGCUGCACAUUGAGCGCGGCCGCAACGCCGACGUCGUCGAGUACGUGCUCAAGGACGUGACGACGGGACAGGUGAUUCUCAAGACGGCGCGGUUCUACGGGUUUAGGAAUAUUCAGAACCUGGUCAGAAGGUUAAAGCCGGCGAGGGUGAGCAGGAUGCCUGGUGCAAGGACGGGCGUGGCGAGAAGGCCGGGCGGUGCAAAGGCGGGAGCAGGAACAGGCGCGGGUGCCGAGACUGAGUAUGCAUAUGUGGAGGUCAUGGCUUGUCCUGGUGGCUGCACGAACGGCGGAGGCCAGAUUAAGGUGGCCGAGGUGGCAGAAGUGAGGGGGGAUGAGGAGGUGCUGGUCGAGGGUGGGGAGGUCCAGCAGCAGCAGAAGAAGCCGGGCCCGCAGGAGCAGAAGGACUGGUUGAGGAGGGUGGAUGAAGCGUAUUUUUCUGCAUCGUCAUCCGAAGGUGAAGAGGAGGACGAGGAGAUGGAUGCAGUGGAACGAUUGAUGGAGCUGGACGUUAAUGGCGAUUAUCACGAUGGUGAUCCUAUGGACGUGGACUCUGCGCCAAAGACGAAUGGGUAUACGAGCAACGGAGAGGAGGAUGUCAUCAACGGUAUUUCGAGGAGAAAGAUUUACACGUUCCUACGCCAUUGGAGCGAUGUCACCGGCGUGGACAUGGCCGACCUCACGCAGACCAGCUACCGGAAGGUCGAAAGCGACGUGGGCAAGGCGAAGAAGGCGAGUGAUGUGGAAAGAGUGGCUGGUUUGGCGAGCAGUAUUGGUGGCGGUUGGUAG